AUGAAGACGAGUUUGCUGCUGGCUUUUUUGAUGGUGGUGACAUUGAACCUGGUGCUGGGCGAAGGUGAAGAUGGUUACCUCUAUGGAGGACCCUCCGGUGAGCAGCUGCAGGAGAUCUCCUCAGUGGAACGUCCCAGGAAGCACGAAUUGAAUCCCCGCGUCUAUCCCCAACCCCUGUCCCAGGCCUGUGGAGAUGAGGAUGCAGAAUCCCAUGCAGCCUCUGUGGCCACCUAUCAUGCCAGUCGACCACAACCGCGUCGUAUUUCCCACCACAAGGAAGUCAUAGUGGAUCCUUCGUUCUUCGAACCUUCAGCGGAGAGGAUCGAGGAACUCCGGCGAUUUGCUUUGGAUCAGUAA